AUGAACUACUUGACAGUGGUGCUAUUUGUACUGGCAUUUGGAACAACUACAGCUCAGUUUUACGGAGGCAUGCCGUACGGUGGUUACGGUGGCUACCCACCAAUGUAUGGUGGAUAUGGUGGAGGCCCAUAUGGAUACGGUGGUAUGCCAUAUGGUGGAUAUGGUGGUUAUGGAGGCUACGGUGGAUAUGGUUACCGACCGAAUCCAGUUGGAGGAAUGUUGAGAGGAGCACUUCUGGGAGCAGCGAUGGGAGCGAUGAUUGGCAAGAAAUAA